UGCAGAGGACAGAGAGGGGGGAGUCUCUCCCUCCAGACUGACUUUGCCGCAGAGCCAUGACAGUCAGACCACAGCUAAAAGGAAAAUGCAGCAGGAGAGAGCAGACCCCCCCACACCCAGCUGUGUGUCCAUGAAGAGUAACGAGUCCAUGGGAACACCACUCGCUUUUCAACAGCAUUUUUCUCAAGAAAGAGUUCAUCAGGAGAUGUUAAAGGUUUCCAGUGAUCAACCUCCCCGGAAGUAUCAAGAAGACCUGGCCUCCAUAUUUAUGGUGCUCGAGGAGAACAUGGUCUCGUUUGUAAAGAGUGAGCUGAAGAAGUACCGGACGGCUCUGAGUGCAGAUCACACUGAGCGCUUUGAGUGGCAGUGUGAGGAAGAGGAGGUGGUGGACAGUGAGGAGGAGGAACGACAGAGGAGCAGCAGAGAGGCAUUUUUGAAGAUUACGGUUCACUUUCUGAGGAGUAUGAAGCAGGAGGAGCUGGCUGCCACCCUGCACAACAAAAGUCUUGCAGCAGUGUGCCAGCGCAACCUCAAAUCUCACCUACAGAAGAAGUUUCAGUAUUUGUUUGAGGGUAUUCCUAAAGAAGGACGCUCGACACUUCUGAAAGAAAUCUACACAGAGCUGUACAUCACAGAAGGACAGAGUGGGGAGCUAAACGAUGAACAUGAGAUACGACAGAUUGAAGCAGCGUCCAGGAAACCAACAGCUCUGGAAACAUCGAUCAGGUGUGAAGACAUCUUUGAACCCUUACCUGGGAAAGACAAACCGAGCAGAACCGUCUUGACAAAGGGAGUGGCCGGCAUUGGGAAAACCGUCCUAACCCAUAAGUUCACUCUGGACUGGGCUGAAGACAAAACCAACAACGACGUACAGUUCACAUUCCCUUUCACUUUCAGAGAGCUGAAUCUGCUGAGUGGAAAAAACUACAGCUUAGUGGAACUUCUUCAUGUCUUCUUUACAGAGAUCAAAGAAGCAGAAAUCUGCAUGUUUGACAAGUUCAAGGUCGUCUUCAUCUUUGACGGUCUGGACGAGUGUCAGCUUCGUCUGGACUUCCACAACAGUGAGAUCCUGACUGAUGUUACAGAGUCCACCUCAGUGGAUGUGCUGCUGACAAACCUCAUCAGGGGGAAACUGCUUCCCUCGGCCCACCUCUGGAUAACAACACGGCCUGCAGCGGCUGGCCAGAUCCCUCUUGAGUGUGUCGACAUGGUGACAGAGGUGAGAGGGUUCACUGACCCACAGAAGGAGGAGUACUUCAGGAGGAGAUUCAAAGAGGAGGAGCAGGCCAGCAGAAUCAUCUCCCACAUCAAGGCAUCACAAAGCCUCCACAUCAUGUGCCACAUCCCAGUCUUCUGCUGGAUCACUGCUACAGUUCUGGAAAAUGUCUUGAAAACCAGUGACAGAGGAAAGCUGCCCAAGACCCUGACUGAGAUGUACACACACUUCCUGGUGGUUCAGUCCAAGCUGGCAAAUGUCAAAUAUCACGAAGGGGCUGACACAGAUCCACUGUGGAACACAGAGACCAGCAAGAUGAUCGUCAGUCUGGGAAAACUUGCGUUUGAACAGCUGCAGAAAGGCAACCUGAUCUUCUAUGAAGCAGAUCUCAUAGAGUGUGGCAUCGACAUCAGAGCUGCCUCCGUCUACUCUGGAGUGUUCACGCAGAUCUUUAAAGAGGAGCAAGGGCUCUACAAAGAGAAGGUUUUCUCUUUUGUCCACCUGAGCAUUCAAGAGUUUCUUGCUGCCUUUUACGUCUUCCUGACUUUCAUCAACACUGGUGUAAAUGUACUGUCAGAGCCACAGUCAACAUCCAAAUGGUCAACACUGAUAAAAAGCAAAUCCAGACUCACACAUCUCUACCAAAGUGCAGUGGAUAAGGCUUUACAGAGCCCAAAGGGACACCUGGACUUGUUCCUCCGCUUCCUCCUGGGUCUGUCACUGGAGACCAAUCAGAGUGUCUUCGAAGGCCUACUCACAAACAAAGGGUGCAGCUCAGAGUCCAGUCAGGAGACGGUCCAGUACAUCAAGAAGAGGAUCAGAAAGACUCCCUCUCCAGAGCGAUGCAUCAACCUGUUUCACUGUUUGAAUGAGCUGAAUGAUCAUUCUCUACUGGAGGAGAUCCAACAGUACCUGAGCUCAGGUAUACUGUCCACACAAAAACUGUCACCAGGUCAGUGGUCGGCUCUGGUCUUCAUCUUACUGUCAUCAGGGAAAGAAUUGCACGUGUUCGACCUAAAUAAAUACUCCGCUUCAGAGGAAGGUCUUCUGAGGCUGAUGCCAGUGGUCAAAGCCUCUAAUAAAUCUUUGCUGUGUGGCUGCAAGCUGUCGUGGAGGAGCUGUGAACUUCUAGCCUCAGUCCUCAGCUCCCAGUCCACUAAUCUGAGAGAGCUGGACCUGAGCAACAACGACCUGCAGGACGUAGGAGUGAAGCUGCUCUCCCCUGGACUGAUGAGUCCAAGCUGUCGACUGGAAACUCUCAGGUUAAUACAAACUGGCCUCACAGAGACAUGGUGUCAGGAGCUCCCAUCAGUCCUCAGAUCCUCCAGUCUGAGAGAGCUGGACCUGAGUAACAACAAGCUGCAGGAUUCAGGAGUAUGGCUGCUUUCUCCUGGGCUGGAGAGUCCACAGUGCACACUGAAAACAUUCAGGCUCAGUCACUGUAAGCUGUCGGAGAGAAGCUGUGAAGCUUUGGCCCCAGUUCUCAGCUCUGUGUCGUCCAGUCUGAAAGAGCUGGACCUGAGUAACAACAACCUGCAGGAUUCAGGAGUGAAGCACCUCUCUACUGGACUGGCGAGUCCAAACUGUACACUGGAAACUCUCAGACUCAGCAGCUGUGAGCUGUCAUGUGAAGGCUGUGAAGCUCUGCCCUCAGUCCUCAGCUCACAGUCCUCUAACCUGAAGGAGCUGGACCUGAGUAACAACAACUUGCAAGAUUCAGUGGUGAAGCUGCUCUCUGUUGGACUUGAGCAUCCGCACUGCACACUGGAGACUCUCAGGUUGAAUCAAACCAGCCUCACAGAGAGGUGCUGUGAAGAGUUUGCAUCAGUUCUCAGCUGCCAGCUCUCUAGUCUGAGAGACCUGGACCUGAGUAACAACGACCUGCAGGAUUCAGGAGUGGAGCAGCUUUCUGCUGGACUCGAGAGUCCACACUGUACACUCCAGACUCUAAGGAUGAGUAUGUGCAAGCUGUCAUGGAUGAGCUGUGAGGCUCUGUCCUCAGCUCUCUGCUCCCACUCCUCGACUCUGACGGAGCUGGACCUGAGUAACAACGAGCUGCAGGAUUCAGGAGUGAAGCUGCUUUCUGCUGGACUGCAGGAUCCACACUGCAGACUGGAAACUCUUCGGCUGUCAGGCUGUCAGGUCACAGAGGAAGGCUGUGUUUCUCUGGCCUCAGCUCUGAGCUCCAACCCCUCCCAUCUGAGAGAGCUGGACCUGAGCUACAAUCAUCCAGGAGACUCAGGAGUCAAGCUGCUCUCUGUUGGACUGGAGGAUCCAAACUGGAGAUUGGAAAAUCUCAGGAUGGACCAUGGAGGAGAGCAGAGGUUGAAAUCCGGUCUGUUGAAGUAUGCCUGUGAACUCACACUGGACCCGAACACUGCCUACAGAAAGCUUUAUGUUUCCAAGGACAACAAACAAGUAACACUGUUGCCAAAGAAUCUGUCAGUUCCUGAUCACCCUGAGAGAUUUGAAUACUGGAAACAGCUGCUGUGCACAACUGGUCUGACUGGUUGCUGUUACUGGGAGGUGGAAAGACAGGGAGGAGUGUACAUGGGAGUAACUUACAGAGGAAUCGUAAGGAGUGGAAAAGGUGACGACUGCAGGCUCGGCUGGAAUGAAAAGUCCUGGAGUCUGUUCUGCUCUGACGAUGGUUACUCUGCAUUUCACGAUAACAGAGAAACAGACGUAUGGGCUUCGCCCUCUCGCAGAGUAGCGGUGUAUCUGGACUGGCCUGCCGGCACUCUGUCCUUCUACAGAGUCUCCUCUGACUCGCUGAUUCACCUCUACACCUUCCACUCUACAUUCACCGAACCUCUCUACCCUGCAUUCAGGUUGGGGUGGCCUGGGUCCUUCAUCAGUGUGCGAACAUGCUCCUAAGUUAGCUGGUUAUGACGAUAAAGCAGACACUUAGGCUCAGAGCUACCUUUGCCUCACUUCCAGAGAACGAUCAAUCUUAGAUAGUUGGAGUGAUCGAAUGAAUGCUGAAAGGAACAGAUAAACAUUUUGGGAACUAUGUUUUGUCGCUUUCUUAUGGCGAGUUAGAUGAGAGGAUUGAUACCACCCUCAUGUUUGUACAGUAAAUAUGAAGCUGAACCAGUUAGCUUAGGUUAGCAUGAAGGCUGGGAACAGGGAAAGGUGAAAGAUGCAAUUUAACAUUUUUCUUACUUGUUGUCUAAACUGUACUUGAAUGAAACUGACAUUAUAUUAUCAUUUAAUUUUUUGUAUGUGUUUGUCCCUUUUAUAUGUAUUUUGUAAACUCAAAGAUACAUGGGCUUUAUUUUUUUUAUUUGCCAGUGUGACAGAAACAUUAGU